AGCUACAUUGUAUGUCCCGUGUGCUCGUACUUCUUGUUGUGUAUAACAGGCUAUCGAAGUGUAAACACGUGUCUAUAAAGGAUAUAUUAUAAUAAGCAAGCAAGCUACCACUAGCGCCUUCAAGAUGGUUAAAUUUCCGGAAAGUAAAAGAAAUGCCGAUUUCACUAUAAAAGACGUGAAUAGCAUAACAGUUUUGCAUAUGGCUGUCAGAAAAGGCAACUUGGAGAUAAUUAAAUUUCUGGUGGAUGAAAAAGGAGUCAAUUUUGAAGUUAAAGAUCAAAAUGGCAUGACAAUUUUGCUCAGGGCUGUUAACGAUGGCAAUCUAAAGAUAGUUAAAUAUCUGGUGAAUGAAAAAAAUGCCGAUUUGACCACUAAAGACAACAAUGGCAGCACAGUUUUGCAUUUGGCUGCUUACAGUGGUAAGUUGAAGAUGGUUAAAUUUCUGGCGAAUCAGGAAAAGGUCGAUACCGACGUUCAAGAUUAUGAUGGCAUGACAGCUUUACACAUGGCUGUUAACUCUGACAACUUUAAGAUGGUUAAAUUUCUGAUGAAUAAAACACAGAUCGAUGUUGAUGCUGAGAAUAAUGAGGGCAUAACAGCUUUGCACAUGGCUGCUAUCACUGGUAAUUUCAAGAUAGUUAGAUAUCUGAUAAAUAAAAAACAGGCCAAUUUUAAUGCUAUAGACAAUAAUGGCAUGACAAUUUUGCACGGAGCUGCGUUAUCUGGUAACUUGGAGAUGGUUAAAUUUCUGGUGGAUGAAAAAGGGGCCGAUUUUGAAGCUAAAGACUACAAUGAAAUGCCAGUUUUGCUCCUAGCUGCUAACAUGAAUAAGUGGGAGAUAGUUAAGUAUUUGAUAAAUGAAAAAGGGGCCAAUUUUAAUAUUAGAGACAAUAUUGGCAGUACAGUUUUGCACGCGGCUGCUGCCUUUGGUACGUUGGAUGUAGUUAAAUUUCUGAUAAAUGAAAAAGGUGUCGAUUUUAAUGUUAAAGACAACAAUGGCGUAUCAGUUCUGCACAUGGCUACUAUUUUUGAUAGUUUGGAUACAGUUAAAUUUCUGAUAAAUGAAAAAGGGGCCGAUUUUCAUGAUAGAGACACUCAUGGCUCGACAAUUUUGCACAUGGCUGCUACCUUCGGUAACUUGGAGAUUGUAAAAUUUCUGGUGGAUGAGAGAAAGAUCGAUUUUGAAUCUAGAAACGAUGAUGGCAUGACAGUUUUGCACGCGGCUGUUACCAAUGAUAACUCGGAGAUAGUUAAAUUUCUGGUAAAUAAAAAAAGGGCCAAUUUGCAUGCCAAAGACAACAAUGGCUUGUCAGUUUUGCACGCGGCUGCUUCCUUUGGUAACUUGGACAUAAUUAAAUUUCUGGUGGAUGAAAAAAAGGUCGAUUUUGAAGCUGAAGACGAUUAUGGCAUGACAGCUGUGCACGCGGCUGUUUUCUGUGGUAACUUGGAGAUAGUUAAAUUUUUGAUAAAUGAAAAAAAUGCCAAUUUUAAUGUUAUAGACAAUAAUGGCUUGACGAUUUUGCACACGGCCGCUAGUUCUGGUAACCUGGACUUAAUUAAAUUUCUGGUGGAUGAAUUAGGGGUUGAUAUUGAUACUAAAGACUACGAUGGCUUGACAGUUUUGCACACGGCUGCUACCUCGGAUUAUUGGAAAAUAAUACAAUAUCUAAUAAAAGAAAAAGGGGCCGAUUUUAAUGCUAAAGACGAUUAUGGCUCGACGAUUUUGCACACGGCUGCUACCUUCGGUAACUUAAAGACGGUGAAAUUUCUGCUGGAGGAAGUAAUGAUCAAUCCGAAUGUUAAAGACAAUCGUGGCAGAACAGUUUUGUUCGAGGCAGUACUCAGUGGUAACUUGGAGUUGGUAAAAUAUUUGAUAUAUGAGAAAAAUACCGAUUUUAAUGCUCAAGACAAUAAUGGCAUGUCAGUUUUGCACGCUGCCGCUAACACGGAUAAAUUUAACCUUAACAUGAUACAAUUUCUGGUGAAUAAAGUAGGUGCCGAUUUUAAUGUUAAAGACCAAAAUGGCUUGACGAUUUUGCACACGGCUGCUGCCUGUGAUAACUUGGAGACGACGAAAUUUCUAGUGGACGAAAAAGGGGUCGACUUUAAUGCUAAAGACAAUAAUGGCAUUUCAGUUUUGCAUAUGGCUGCUACUGUUCAUGGUACGUGGAACGUGAUUAAAUAUUUAGUAAAUGAAAGGAAUGCCGAUAUUAAUAUUAAAGACAAUAGUGGCGUGACAGUUUUGCACACAGCUGCGACCUCUGGUAACUUGGACGUGGUUAAAUUUCUGAUAAAUGAAAAAGCCGCCGAUUUUAAUGCUAAAGACAAUAAGGGCAGAACAGUUUUGCACAUGGCUAUACUCUCUUGCAACUUGGACAUGGUCAAAUUUCUGAUAAAUGAGAAAAAGGCCGAUUUUAAUGUUAAUGACAACAAUGGCAAAAUAGUUUUGCACUUAGUUGAUGUUCCUGGUUACCGUCAUAUGUUUGAAUUCCUGAAAAAUGUGGGAACUCUCUUCCCACGGAAGAAACGUCGGCGUAAUUAG